AUGUCGGCAAGGUCAUGUGUUGUGCUCAUUGGCACGUGCGAUACAAAACUCGAAGAGCUCCUGUUCCUGCGAGAUGAAAUAACACGCGCUGGGACCAAGGUCCUGUUCAUUGACGUCGGACGCAAACCAGUGCAAUAUGAUUCCAUCGACAUUCGGCAGGAUCAGCUCAUGCGAGAUUAUGCCGACGACGCAAAAGUCGAUGGCUUGCCACGAGGGGAAGUGAUAAAGAUGAUGGCUGGAUGCGCAACAAAAGCUGUCAAACAGCUGUAUGACCAGGGAUACAUACACGGGAUCAUAUCAGCUGGAGGCUCAGGUGGCACUUCACUCGCAGCAGAAGUCAUGAGAAAUGCUUUGCCAAUUGGGUUCCCGAAGAUGAUCGUUUCUACAAUCGCAAGUGGCGAUACUGGACCUAUUGUUGAAGAGACGGAUAUUACUCUCAUGCCAUCUGUCGUCGACGUGUCCGGCCUGAACGAGAUCCUGCGAAGAGUUCUGAGUAACGCUGCUCAGGCGAUAGUGGCCAUGUCGCAGAGUUAUCCGUCACCUUCUCGGAACCCAUAUCGACAGACAGCGAAGAAAAAGCGGGUGGGCAUUACUAUGUUUGGUGUGACCACUCCAGCUGUAGACGCCAUCCGCAAGCACCUCGAGGAGAACUACGAUAUCGAAGCCUAUGUCUUUCACGCCACAGGCCAUGGUGGCAAGGCGAUGGAGCGACUUGUUCGUGAGGGCGGGCUGGACGCCGUGCUCGAUCUAACCACCACCGAAAUAUGCGACUUCUACACAGGAGGAGUCAUGAGCGCAGGUCCGCAUCGACUUGAAGCUGCUGCUCAAGCCGGUAUACCUAACAUCAUCUCCGUGGGCGCAACUGAUAUGACCAACUUUGGACCAAGAAAUACUGUACCAGAACGCUACACAGCCAGUCGCAAACUUUAUGAGCACAAUCCUGUCGUGACGCUGAUGAGAACUUCGAAGGAUGAGGCGGAGCAGGUGGGCAAGUUCAUUGUUGACAAGUUGACGAAACACGCAAAGGAUCCAAGCACGAUCCAAGUCUGGCUACCAACCGGUGGCAUUAGCAUGAUCGCAGUUCCCGGUGGUCCAUUUGAAGAUGGGGAAGCUGAUAGCAUUCUCUUCCAGACACUUAAAGACGGGUUGGCGAACAGCGGUAUCGAGGUCGUCGAGGACAAACGAGCUGUCAACGAGGAAGGCUUUGCGCAUGACAUUGCUGAAGCGCUCGUUCAGAAAAUGGGCUCGCGCACUACGCCCGGGUCAGGCGCCCUGCGCGAAAAUCCACCCUCAAGAUCAUGGUUGGACAAAGUAGGUUUGGUGGCGCAGUUUGCCAAGGUCUGGGCGGAUCCUUAG